UAUUAGCGGUAAAACACCAAAGUGACUAUUAACAUUCAAGCAGUUGUUUGCUUCAGUAUUGAGAAUGAGAAUCUGUGCCAUUCAACGCCAUUCAUUUUAGGUUUAGAAGAAUUCUGAGUGUCCAACAGCUUGUCUAUCCUUUUCUCCAAAAUAACAUCGUCUGAAUUUUCUUGGUAAUAGACAAUACAUUGCUAUUAUAUAAACCGGCAUCUUCAGAAGAUCUCAGUGGAUAUUGCCAUACUGGCUAGAUUCCUUAACGAUUUUCACAUCUAGUAAACAUAGCAUGGUUGCAUUUCAAGACCAAUAUCCUAUUCUUCUAUACUGUGUAAUUGGAGCAUUUCUCUCUAUAGCAGAAGCAUGUCAAGUGUCAUGCAAUGACCCGCUAGGAUUUGAGAAUGGUUUGAUCGCAGACUCCCAAAUAUUAGGCUUAAAUACUUAUAAUGACGAUCCCCUUAAGUACGGUGCCAAGUUUGCAAGACUGAAUGGCAAGAAAGGUUAUCGUGGAAAACAGGGCGAGGCCGAAAGUGCAUGGAUAACAAUUAACCUUGGGAAGCCUUUGGUCAUAACUGGAAUUAGUACGCAAGGAUAUGGAGGUGAAAGUGUAUCAGAGUGGGUGAAGACGUUUCAGUUAUUUUACGCUGCAAACAGUAUGGAAGACUACCAAUAUUUCAAGGACAACAACGGAGCACAGAUGAUCUUUCAAGGCAACAAGGACCGAAGCACCAUCCGUAACAACAAAAUUCCACUUCCCGUUGUAGCCUGGCGCAUUAUGUUAUUCCCUGUUUCUUGGCAUAACAAUGUGGGACUUCGUAUGGAACUCUAUGGUUGCAAUGCAGGUUAUGCUUUCAAUGCUUGGAUGAUGAGCCCGAGUACUCCAUUUACAGUGGAAUUCUUAAAUUCUUCUAGUGAAACCUACAUAAAGAAAGCCGACCAAAUGAUGUCUGAGGUAACUGCAAAUCUACAUGCGACAUACGGAUUUUUGUCCGCAGAAUUAAUUCGGUUCAGUCCUCAAACAUCCGGCAAUUUAUUGACCUACGCUGCAGCCGAGAUCAAAAUUAAUUGUUUACCCAAGAAGGAACAGUAUUUGGUUGGGAAGCUAAAGGCUCUUCAAAAAAACAGUCCAGAUCUUUUUUCCCCAUCCUUCUUUCAAUUUCAGUACACGCAUGACUGUAACUGUCCUCCACCAAUAGUAACAAUCAAAGGACUCAGCAAAUCGGCCUCAUCUCCCACUGUGGUUUAUAAAUCAGUAAGAAUUUUCAAGCUGGAAAGUACUGUCACGUUUAACUGCAGCCAACAGAAAAAGUUCUUUACAACUUGGGAAAGUACAGCAAUCAGUAAAGGGAUUAGACAAUUUUCUCCCAUAAUAUCUAAUUCCCAGAAAAUAUCUUCAGAAUCAAAACAGAAAGAGAACCUGAAUACAGCACUAUUUAGACGAUUCACGGUAGUGUAUGUACGAUGCAAAGUACAAAUGCUCGCUGUGCCAGGAGCCCUGAGUUAUGAUUAUGGAUUUUUUAGUAUCGUGACUCCACCUAUUGCGGUAAAUAUCACGGGUAAAAGAUUCUUUGUCAAAAAUAACGAGGAUAUCGUUCUUGACGGGUCUCGAUCUAUAGAUCCGCUUGUCCGACGCUUAAGAUAUAAAUAUCUAAAAUUUACUUGGUACUGCAAGAAGAAUGGCGAGCAGUAUCCAAAGAGAGGCACUUCAUAUGUGGAUAUAACUAAAACAAAUUCGACUCUAUCAUCAAGUGGUGGGUGCUUCGGCUUUGGGCCUGGAAAAUUAAGCAAUACAAACAGAAUCUUACGAUUAGACACAAAACGUAUGGAUGCUGGUGAAUAUGUUUUCAAAUUGACGGUUUCUAAGAGGAGUCGUAUGUCAAGUACAACCUACAAAGUGACAUUAUUAUCUCCAACAUCAGUUAAUAUAAGCUGUGUUAAAUGUAAUAAAGAGAUCACCUCAAACGAAAGAAUUACUUUUAAUGCUAAAUGCUUUGGCUACGACUGCAAAGGAAACUCGAGUUAUCAAUGGCGCGUCUAUCAAAGGAAAUAUACACUGUCAAACAAGUGGAUGAAGCUGGAGAAUGUUUCUUCUGCAAAAGCCAAAGGUGGAACUCGAUUUACAAUAGAAAGUUUAAAGACCCAAUUACGAACAUCGCAAGGGGGAACUGUAACCUUCAAAGUUGAAGUAUUGCUUAUGGAAAACUCGAACUCGUUAAUCGCGAAAGAUGCGACUUUGUUCAAAGUAAAUAGAGGUCCCCGUCUGAUGAACAGCGAAACAGGGGGAUGCUUUGUGUCUCCCUCUCGAGGAAUAGGAAUAUCAACCAUUUUUGUUCUGCGUUGCCGUGGAUGGUACGACGAGCAUUUGCCACUUAGUUAUCGAUUCUCUUACCAUGGACAGUUUUCGACCGUUAUAUUUCACUCUGGACCAGAGCCAAAUGUAAGCACAACUUUACCACCUGGACAAGUAACUUAUGACUACAACUUGAAAUUAGAAGUUGUUAUAACAGAUGCAAGAGGAAGUGAAAGUAAAGCAGAUUUAAUUGUAAAGGUGGAGCCAUCUAACAAUGUGGAAGAUUUCCAAAAAUUGUUUCAGAAUUUUAAGGAAACCGCUGGAUCACUUGUUAAUAACGGCAAAACAGACACGACUGCAGAAAAUGCUUUGGCCCUAAUACAGACGGUUGAAAGGAUUUUUGAAAAUGAAUCAAGCGUCCAAAACAAGAUAAAAGAGGAUAUACUCAUCAGCAUUGAGCAUAUUAAGAUGAAAAAUCUUCCUGAAAUAACACAAGUCGUUGCUGUUGUCGCCUUUGCAACUAACCAGAAGGGACCUUUAAACAAACGAUCUAUAGAAAAGGCUAUAAAACUGCUACAACGAUCUACAAGUGCUAUGGCAAGAAAGUCAAAUGCGAUAGUUGGUAACUUGAAAAUCUUAUCUACUAUCAGCUCARCAGCGUUGCUAGGGAUUGGAAAGAUCAUAUCGUCAUCAAAUGCAGAAAAUGAUAUUCAGUCUAGAAAUGAUACAAAGCAAGCUGUUGAGAUAACAAACGCAAUUGCAGACGCUCUUGUAUCGAUGAAGGAAGUGGGGGAUUCCCCUACGGUAGUUAGAUCAAAAAGCAUCGAUAUCUUAGUGUAUCGAGCAGAGCCAUCUGAUAUUAGCGGCAAAGCAAUUUCCGAAGGAAACAGUGGAGUCCAACUUCCUUCCAUGGACGUUUUGUUUGGGAAGAAUGGCAGUGCCCCGUACGUUGAUUUUCAGAUGAUUAUGCAUUCCAAAAACCCAUAUGCUUGGGAUUCUGCUUCCAACCUUGUUACAUCAAGUGUUUUAGAUAUAAAUUUAAAGUUAAGUUCGGGGAAAAUGUCUGUAUCAAACUUGGAAAAGCCCAUAGGCAUCACAGUUGCAACAAAGAAGUUGGAGGCCACUCCGACCUCUGGACCCGAAACAAAAUACUUCGCCAAGCCAUCAAAUGGGUCUAACAACUUAAGAUAUCAUUCUUUCAACUUGAACUCUAAAUUACAUACCGUAGAGUUUAAAAUUGUUCCCGAUCUUGGUGUUUCACUGAACGUGUACGUACGCUCUGGCCAAAGACCUACCACCCAACAUUUUAAUCUUACAAGAAGGAUACCGGACUUUACACCAUGUAAUCCUCCACGGAACCACACCUUGAUAGAAUGCAGCACUGACCCUUUUGUUAUCAGGAUCACAAGCAAAAUGACCGGGAAAUUAGGGAUCCAUUACCUUGGUAUUCAAUAUCUUAUGGAAGAUUCUAACUCAAUUGACGUUAACAAAAGUCGGAGUCAAGAAGUACGCUCAUUGCGUGAAAGAAGAGACUGUGAAGACAGCAGAAGAAGAAAAAAGAGAUCAUGUGUUGGUGUAAAGGAUCCACCGACAACUCCGGCUCCUACGCCACUCACAAUUAUUCCUGUUUAUGAUGUGAACACCGAUGUGAAUUACACACUAACAUCAACGGUGUCUUUUUGCGGAUACUGGUCUGAGGAAAAGGAAAAAUGGACAACUGACGGAUGCAAAGUUGGAAAAAUGUCAGGCAAUGGCAAGAUCAACUGUCUGUGUAAUCAUUUGUCUGCUUUUGGAGGCGAUUUCUUCGUAGCUCCUAAUCCCAUCGACUUUGAUAAAGUUUUCUUGGAAUUUGGUCGGCUUGGUGAAACCGGAAAUUAUGUAGUUCUGUCAACUGUCUGUGUGUUGUGGGCUUUGUACGUUUUAGGGCUACUGGUUGYCAGAAGAGCUGAUAUCUUGGACAAGAAAAAGGUUGUUGUGGAAGUGAUUCCAUGCGAGGGUGAUUGCUCGAUUACUUAUCAAUAUAAGAUAUCCAUAGAAACUGGCAUGUGGUUUGGUAAUGGUACUACCGCUGACGUCAGCAUUGCUAUCUACGGAUCAACGAACACUUCUGGCAUGAUUCAGCUUACAAAUUCAGAAACUGAUAAAUACUUUUUUUCUAGAAGCAGCGUAAAUACGUUCAUCAUUUCUUUGCCAUAUUCACUAGGAAACAUUUACCAAGUUAAAGUUCAGCACAACAAUGGAGGUUCGGAUCCGUCAUGGUUUCUGAAGGACAUUUUGAUAUUUGAUAUGAGUUCAGAUGAGAAAUGGUUCUUUUUAGCUAAUCGUUGGAUUGCUGUCCACAAACACGACGGAAAAUUGGAAUGCACACUUAAAGAUACCAAAUCUGACGGCAGUAUAGGUUUUAUGAGCGCUUUUCAUUCCAGAGUUAGUAAGAAACUGGGAGAAUCACACUUGUGGAUAUCAUUAUUCAGUCGACCACCACAAAAUCCCUUCACGCGAUGUCAAAGACUAUCCUGUUGUUUGUCAAUCAUAUUUGCUGCUAUGGUAACCAACGCAAUGUUCUAUAGAUUCGGGAUAGAGCCUAAAGAUACAAUACGCAUUGGUAGUUUCAAGAUAAGUUGGACUGAAAUAAAAAUAGGAAUGCAAAGUGCUUUCAUUGCCGUCCCAGUGAACAUUCUAUUGGUGCUUAUCUUCAAAAAUAUAAAGCAUCUGGACCAUACAACUACAGAUAACGAUGUAGAGCUAGAAAAAACAUCUAGUGGAGUUUUACCAGGGUUCUUUCUUUACAUAGCAUGGGUACUUUGUUUGUCACUGGCCGCUGUAUCUUCUGCAUUUAUUGUGUUUUACAGUCUUCAAUGGGGUACCAGUACUUCCAAUCAAUGGCUAAAGUCCAUAAUGGUAUCACUGGUAGAAGAUUCGUGUGUAAUUCAGCCAGUCAAAAUCGUUUUUGUAGCUUUCUUGCUAUCUCUCAUUUUGAGGCGUCCCGAAGACCACGACACUGUGAAUAUUCUACCAAUAAAAGCAAAGAGGAUUUCGGUUAAGGGGACUGCUUCACAUCCUUCUUCAGAGGAGCUAGAAAACAGCCGUCGCUUCAAAUCCCAAAAAUUAAAGCUCACACUGGCACUUAUUGAGAUUGCUCUUUUCGUCUUCUUUAUUAUACUGCUUAUAAUCGUUGUCUAUGGAAAUCGAGGAAACUCAAGAUUCAAUAUAACUGAUUGCCUGAAGAACACUUUUAAAAAUUUUGAAAAGAUCACUAAUCUGAAAAUGUUCUGGGCUUGGACAAGAAAUCAAUUUCUUCAAGAGGUGUACAACAUCACGUGGUACAACAAUCAAGCUUUUAAUGGACCCGAAGGCUUUAUCGGCAACAGAGACAUGUUUUUAGUUGGCAUGCCUCGACUGAGACAAAUUAGAAUAAAACCAGAUCCACUUUGUCUCGAUGGUACGACUUCGAUAGAAAUACUACACUUCAAGAGGUGCAUAUCUUCCUAUUCAGCCAAAAAAGAAGAAACAUCAAGGUACAAUUUGAUUGGGUGGACACCUAUUCGAAAUACAUCAAUUUACCAUUCCCUCUUCAAAUUGGAAAAAGUGUGUCCAAAACCUUGGCGUUACCACACAGCAAGAGAACUGUCGGUGCUUCCCAUAGGAGGAGGAGCGUCCGUUUAUUAUGGAGGCGGCUUUGUUGCCGAUCUUGGUUACGAUCUCAAAACUGCCCAGAACGUUUUAACAAAUUUACAUCAAAAUAGGUGGCUAGACAACUUAACUGUUGCUGUUUUGGUAGAAUUUACCAUAUUUGAACCAAGUAGCCAUUUGUUCUCAAGUGUAAGACUUUUGUGUGAAAGACUUCCUACUGGAGGAUUGAAUUUAGUAUCCAAAUUCCAUACCAUUCCCGUCUAUUUUCGUAAAGCAGGAUCAUCUAAUGUGAGCCAGGCAUUCUUGCCUCUGUUUAUGAUUGUAGUAAUUCUACUGUUUGUCGUUGAACUCGUUCGAAUCUUUAAAGGUCGCUUGGACUACUUUCUAGAAGUGUGGAAUUGGUUUAGUUUAUCCCAGUGUUUUGGUUCAAUGGCAACAGUGGUCAUCUUCUUCUUCAAGCAAAAGUACACCACAGCUUUUGUUCAAAGAAUUCAACACAAUCCCUACGAAACAACAAGCUCUGACAUUCUAAUUUUAUGGUCAGAUGUCGAGGCUUACGUAUUAUCAUUUGUUAUCUUCGUUACGACUCUAAAAUGCUUACGGCUUAUUCGUUUCAAUAGCCAUGUUUGCCAGAUGACGUCUACUUUAAAGAUAUCUGGAAAGUUCCUGUCUUCUUAUAUGGUAUCGUUCGUGGUCAUUAUCCUUGCAUUUACCGAGAUAGCCAGUACAUGUUUUGGAUCUGUAUUCCUUACGUAUUCCACCUUCGUACGAACAAUUGGAACGUUGCUUCAGCAACUCAUCGGGGGCCGACUUUACUUUACUGCAAUUCGUUCUAUUGAUCCAGUACUUGGACCAAUAUACACAUUUUCUUAUAUCUUUGUGGCUAAUGUAUUCCUUUUGAACAUGUUCAUUUCUAUAUUAAAUGAAUGCUAUUCAUCCGUUCGGGGCUCCUUUGAAACUUUUUCGGAUGCUGAACUUGGAGAUUUACUGAUUGCGUCUCUCAAAAACCUUGCAGACCAAACGAUAAUGAAAGCAAAGAUGACGGUCAAGAAGAUUAUCCGUAGAAAAAGAGGCGCUUACGACGUUUCAGAGGAAAAGUAUCGCUGUCACUCUUUGUCAACUGCCACUUUAAGGUCAAAAUAUAUGAAAUUCAAAAAAGCACUUCACGACAAAAAUCUAAGAGGACGCCAAGGAAAUUACAACUUUAAAGUCAUUGAAGAUAGCAAUGGAUAUUGCUUUCACGUUAUUCCGACUGAGGUCGUCCUACAUUGUGAUUAUUCUGAUAUUCUAGGUAUUUCUUAUAAACCUCUGAGCCCUUAUGAUAUUCAGGAAGCGAGAAAAGAAUGCACGAUAACAUCAUUAUCCCCAACUCCAAGUCUGACAUCCUUUGAUUCUGACUGGAGUUUAAGUAAUGCACACAAGGAUGAUCAUCCCAUACCAAUUGCCCAAAAAGAAUAUCCUAAUACAAGCGAAAGUGACUACGAAGACGAGAAUGCGCAGCUUGAGGACAUUAAAGGCAGCUUGUUAGACAUCAAAAAUUGUUUGAUGUCCUUGCCUUCAGUUUCGUCGUCAGCAAAUGACAGUGCUUAUGAGAACAGUUCAGGGUUGCUUUGGGAGCCGUUUAGUGGUAGUGAAGAUGAUGUCUAUUUCGAUUAUUUUGAGGCGGUUAUCUCACCGCAUGGAACAUUAUCAAAGCAUUAGAUUGCACGCCAUAUAUCGAUUUAAAAAAAUUAAUAGCCAUGUAGCGCUUUUGGUGCACCACGUGUACACGAGCCCUUUAACAAUACUUUGAGUACUGAUUAUACAUGAAGUAAAUAGUUGGAUGUUAAAAUAGCUCUUGAUUUGAGUGAUGCGUCUUUAAGUUAAGAAAAGUUAAGUUGGGAAAGAGUUUCCAAAAUUAGAAGCAAAUAUCCCAAAAACUGAGGAUUCUUAAACUCCAGUGYAUGUGGUCUUAGCCACAUACAUUGGACAAAUCCAAAACUUCCUUAUUUUGUUAUUCUAAUCAAUUUCUGCUUUUGUUUACCGAACUCAUAUUCUGGAGUUUAAGAGUCGUUAACUUUGCCAUGUAGAAAGACUAGUUUGGAAUAAUAUGUAUUAAAUACACACAAUAGUACAAACAACGAGCUCUUCUCACGUCCCAAAACUGAAAAGGAUCUAAUAUAUAAGACUGCGGUAAUUUAUAAAGUAUAAAAAACUCCUGGAGGAAUACGGUCACUAAAUUGUUCUAGAGAAUGCAAUAAGAAAACCUUGUAGGGAUAACUCAGAAUUGAAUAAAGCCUCAAGAUUGUCAUAGAA